CGGCAAGAUGGCAGCGGACACGCAGGUUUCAGAAACCUUGAAGAGAUUCGCUGUGAAGGUGACAACAGCCAGCGUGAGAGAGCGGAGAGAGGUCCUAGGAGAGCUAAAAGAAUGUGUCAGCGGCAAAGAGCUGCCAGAGCCAGCCAUCAAGGGUCUGUGCAAGCUCUUCUGUCUCACCCUUCACAGAUACAGGGAUGCGGCCUCCCGCCGGGCUGUGCUGUCCGUUAUUGGCCUCCUGGCGGAUUCUCAGCCCGUCGUCACAGCAACCAGCCUCCUACACUGCCUUCUCAAUAGCGGAGUCAUCAGCAAGAGUGGGUUACCCAGUAAGAGUACAGGGGCCGCUGCAUCCAUGGCCAUGUCCUGGACCUGCCUCCUGGCCCGCACUGUGUUCCCCACCCCAGAGAAGAGAGAGGGACCCGUCUGGAAGAAACUGGUGGAGGUCCAGAGUCUGCUGCUGGCGGAGGUGGUGGGCGGAGCCCAACGCAAUGCCGUCAAAUCAGUCCUCAAGAACCUCAGUCAGCUGUGGAAGGAGAACCCGGGCCUGGCGGAUCAGUACAUGAGCACCCUGCUCAGUUUGGAUCAGAACCCCAGCUCACUGGCCCUGCUGGGAGUGUGUGUGGACUUCUGUACAUCGCAAAAAGACACGGCCACCAUUGAGAAACACAAGGGUGCUCUGCUGGACCUGUACCUAAAGACUGUCUUAAUGAGCAAGAGCAGACCGCACCAGCACAUCCUGGAGAGGAGCAGCUCUGUUCUGCGGCACGUCUCCCACUCCGAGUUCAAGGAGCAGCUGCUGCCCGCCCUGCAGAAGGCCAUGCUGCGCAGCCCGGAGAACUGCAUGCAGACCAUUUCCUGCCUUCUGGCCGCCGUGACCCUUGACCUCAGUCAGUAUGCCAUGGAUAUUGGGAAGGGCAUCGCCAGCCAGCUGAAGGCCAACAACCCUCAGCUGAUGGAGCAGGCUGUGCAGGCCUUGCAGAACCUGGCCCAGCAGUGCAGUGACCCGAGCGCCGUGCAGGACGUCGUCACGCACCUCUUCAACAUCCUCGGAGGUUCAGAGGGGAAACUCACAGUCUUUGCUCAGAAGAUCAGCGUCCUGUCAGGGAUUGGCAGCUGCAGUCACCAUGCUGUGUCAGGAUCGUCCAGUCAGACGCUCAGCUCCGCCAUCACAGUGCUCUUCAUCCCUUACCUGCAGCAGGAAGUGCACGAGGGCACCCUGGUGCACGCAGUGGGAGUCCUGUCCCAGUGGAGCGGGCGGCUCACUGUGGAGGUCCCUCGGCCCCUGCUGGACUGGCUGAAGAAGGCCUUCACCCUGAAGAUAUCCACCUCGCCUGUGCGCCACGCCUACCUCCAGGCCAUGCUGGGGGCCUUCAGAGGUGACACUCUGGCACAGGCUGGCGAGCUCGUGCCCCUCCUCAUACAGACAGUAGAGAAGGCAGCCGCUCAGAACUCCCAGCAUGCCCUGCUCUCAGAGGGCAUGGCUGCUGCCGUGAUGCUGUGCCGGCUGUCUCUUCUGGACACGCAAACCGAGGCAAAGCUGGCUGGUUUCUGGAACCUGAUACUGGAUGAGAAGAAACCAUUAUUCACCACAGAGAAGUUCCUCUCACAGGCCAGUGAGGAAGCCCUGUGUACAGUACUGCAGCUUUGUGAGAGACUCGUCUUGGACCAUUCCCAUAGGCUCACCAACUCCAAGUCCCAGAUGUAUCACCAUGCCGUGGUGGUGGUGCUGCUGUCGCGGAGUUGGCGGGUCCGCAAACAGGCCCAGCUCACCGUCAAAAAACUGCUCUCUUCCCUGGGCGGCUCGAGCCUAGCCCUCGGCCUUCUGGGAGAGCUGCGGGUCGUCAUCAACACGCAUAAGGUGUUACCCCCAGAGCUGCUGCUGUCCGAGUCGGGGGAACUGACAGACCUGGGCCGCUCCUACACUCCCCCCCGCAUCCUGAAGGAGGCGCUGUGUGUCAUCUGCUCCGUGGCGGGCCAGCAGAACGACCCAGCCGAAGCCGAGCGCCUGGCCACCGAGGUCCUCAUUGUGGCCCACCAUCCCUCCAUAGAAGCUGCUCGUUUGGGGCUGUGGCCGGUCCUGCUCUCACAGAUGAACAUCAACGCCGCCGACUUCAUCGACAAACACCUGGACUCCAUAUUGCCCCGUCUGCUGGACAGCAACACUGACAACCAGCAGGCGGUGCGGAACGCGGUGGGCGCCCUGUCAGUGCUGUCCCCGGGGAAGCUGCUCCCGCGGGUGGUGGAGCACGUGACGGAGUGGCUGAGCAACCCGGCCCUGCAGCAGGUCACCCGCGAGGAGUACGCCAUCAUGCACACACCAGAGGGGGAGCUCUACGACAAGAGCAUCAUCCAGAGCGCUCAGCAGGAGAGCGCCAAGAUCGGCAACCUGAAGAGGGAGAACAAGGCCUACUCCUUCAAGGAGCAGAUCAUCGAGCUGGAGCUGCAGCAGGAGAUCAAGAAGAAGAAGGGCAUUAAAGAGGAGGUGCAGCUGACCAGCAAGCAGAAGGAGCUGAUGCAGAACCAGCUGGAGAAGGAGGCCGCCAUUCGCAAGAGGCUGCAGGGGCUGGACAUGGAGCUGCAGUGUGCGGUUGGCCUGUUGGAGGCGGUGUUGAGCCGGAGGCCUCUGCACCUCUCCUGGCAGCUCCCGGGGGUCCUGCAGAUCGGGAUGCCCCUCCUGCACUCGCCCCUGGCCGCCCCCCGCCUGCGCCAGCUCUUCCUGGACAUCGGGGUGUGCCUGAUGCCCCAGGAGCUGCGCCACCUGGGUGUGCUGGUGGGACAGGUGACCCUGCGCCUGCUGAAGCCGGAGUGCCCCCUGGACGAGGCGUGGGGCCAGGAGGACCUGGGCGUGGCCACCCAGCGCACCAUCCAGCUGCUGCACGCCCACACCGUCCCGCAGCGGGAGGGCAAGGCCGACGUCUCGCGCCUCUCCGCCCCAGCCUUCUCCUUCUGCUUCCCGCUGCUGCACGCCGUGCUCAGCCAGCCGCCCGGCGCCAGCGAGGAGGCAGAGAGCAUGCUGGUCCAGGCGCUGCAGGUGAUCAACGAGCACGCCCAGCUCCGCUCCCAGGCUGACAACCCCGACCUGCUGGUGGACGAGAAUGGCCCGGAACUACUUCCCCGUGUCAACAUGCUGAAGCUCCUUACUAAGGUGAUAUCCACUGGCGCCCCCCGGCUGCAGGUGCUGGCCUCUCACUGCCUGACGUCAGUGUGUGCCAGCGCGGGAGGCGGGCAGGGCUGUGCUCUGGCGGAGCAGGCCGAGAUCGACGUCCUGCUGCAGGCUCUGCUGUCCCCCUGCUUCUCUGUGCGGGACGCCGCCCUGAGGGGGCUGUUGGAGCUGGAGCUGGCCCUGCCCACAGACAGCGCAGAGGCCAGCGGGCUGAGCGUGCUGCGGAGGCUCUGGGUGGCACGUUUCGACGUGGAGGAGGAGGGCCGGGCGCUGGCCGAGAAGCUGUGGGAGUCCCUGUGCCUGGAGCUGGUGCCGGACCUCUGCUCCCUGCUGAUCGGGGACGUGACGCACCACGAGGAGGCGGUGCGCACGGCGGGGGCUGAGGCCCUGUCCAGCGCUGUCAGCCAGUACCGCGGCCAGGCGCCCGCCGUGCUCGGCCAGCUCACCGAGCUCUACCACCAGAAGCUCUACAGACCCCCUCCUGUUCUGGACGCUCUGGGACGAGUCAUUUCAGAAGCCCCGCCCGACCAAUGGGAAGCCAGGUGUGGCAUUGCCCUGGCCCUGAACAAGCUGUCGCAGUACCUGGAUGAGUCCCAGGUCACACCCCUCUUCCUGUUCUUCGUCCCCGACGCGCUGAACGACCGCCACCCCGAGGUGCGGCGCUGCAUGCUGGACGCUGCGCUGUCCGCCCUCAACACCCACGGCAAGGACAACGUGAGCUCCCUGCUGCCGGUGUUUGAGGAGUUCCUGAAGAACGCGCCGCAGGACGCCAGCUACGACUCCGUCCGCCAGAGCGUGGUCAUUCUCAUGGGCUCGCUGGCCAAGCACCUGGACAAGAGCGACCCCAAGGUCAAGCCCAUCGUGGGCAAGCUCAUCGCCGCCCUGUCCACACCCUCUCAGCAGGUGCAGGAGUCCGUGGCCAGCUGCCUGCCCCCGCUGGUGCCGGCCAUUAAGGAGGACGCGGGGGGCAUGGUGCAGAACCUGCUGCUGCUGCUGCUGGAGAGCGACAAGUACGCCGAGCGCAAGGGCGCCGCGUACGGCCUGGCCGGCCUGGUGAAGGGCCUGGGCAUCCUGGCCCUCAAGCAGCAGGACAUCAUGAGCACGCUGACCGACGCCAUCCAGGACAAGAAGAACUUCCGCCGGAGAGAGGGUGCCCUCUUUGCCUUUGAGAUGCUGUGCAACAUGCUGGGGAAGCUGUUUGAGCCCUAUGUGGUCCACGUCUUACCCCACCUGCUGCUCUGCUUCGGGGACGGCAACCAGUAUGUCAGAGAGGCUGCUGACGACUGUGCCAAGGCCGUGAUGAGGAACCUCAGUGCCCACGGGGUGAAGCUGGUGCUGCCCUCUCUGCUGGUGGCUCUGGAGGAAGAAUCCUGGAGAACCAAAGCAGGCUCGGUGGAGCUCCUGGGGGCCAUGGCGUACUGCGCCCCCAAGCAGCUGUCAUCCUGCCUGCCCAGCAUCGUCCCCAAGCUGACCGAGGUGCUGACCGACUCCCACGUCAAGGUGCAGAAGGCUGGCCAGCAGGCCCUGCGGCAGAUCGGCUCCGUCAUCCGCAACCCGGAGAUCCUGGCCAUUACCCCCAUCCUGCUGGACGCCCUCACCGACCCGUCCCGCAAGACGCACCACUGCCUCCAGACGCUGCUGGACACCAAGUUCGUGCACUUCAUCGACGCCCCUUCCCUGGCCCUCAUCAUGCCCAUCGUCCAGCGCGCCUUCCAGGACCGCUCCACCGACACCCGCAAGAUGGCCGCCCAGAUCAUCGGCAACAUGUACUCGCUCACCGACCAGAAGGACCUGUCUCCCUACCUGCCCAGUGUCAUCCCAGGACUCAAAGCCUCCCUGCUGGACCCUGUGCCUGAGGUGCGCACAGUAUCUGCUAAAGCCCUGGGCGCCAUGGUGAAGGGAAUGGGUGAGUCGUGCUUCGAGGACCUGCUGCCCUGGCUGAUGGAGACCCUCGCCUCCGAGCAGAGCUCUGUGGAUCGUUCCGGCGCUGCUCAAGGCUUGGCCGAGGUGAUGGCGGGGCUCGGGGUGGAGAAGCUGGAGAAGCUGAUGCCGGACGUGGUGCAGACGGCCAGCAAAGUGGACAUCGCCUCCCACGUGCGAGACGGCUACAUCAUGAUGUUCAUCUACCUGCCCCUCACCUUCGGGGACAAGUUCACCCCCUAUGUGGGCCCGAUCAUCCCCUGCAUUCUCAAGGCUCUGGCGGACGAGAAUGAGUAUGUUCGGGACACUGCGCUGCGAGCAGGCCAGCGCAUCAUCAGCAUGUACGCUGAGACGGCCAUCGCCCUGCUGCUGCCCGAGCUGGAGCAGGGGCUGUUCGACGACCUGUGGAGGAUCAGGUUCAGCUCGGUGCAGCUGCUGGGAGACCUGCUCUUCCACAUCUCAGGAGUGACCGGUAAGAUGACCACAGAGACGGCCUCCGAGGACGACAACUUCGGCACUGCGCAGUCCAACAAGGCCAUCAUCGGAGCCCUGGGCGCGGAACGGCGGAACCGGGUCCUGUCGGGUCUCUACAUGGGCCGCUCCGACACCCAGCUGGUGGUGCGGCAGGCCUCCCUGCACGUGUGGAAGAUCGUGGUGUCCAACACGCCCCGCACCCUCCGCGAGAUCCUGCCCACCCUCUUCACCCUUCUGUUGGGCUUCCUGGCCUCCACCUGCCCCGACAAGAGAACGAUCGCCGCGCGGACGCUGGGGGACCUGGUGCGCAAACUGGGAGAGAAGAUCCUUCCGGAAAUCAUCCCGAUCCUGGAGGAGGGGCUGCGCUCGGACAAGAGCGACGAGAGGCAGGGCGUGUGCAUCGGCCUGAGCGAGAUCAUGAAGUCCACCAGCAAGGACGCGGUGCUGGUGUUCUCGGAGUCUCUGGUGCCCACGGUUCGGAAGGCCCUGUGCGAUCCGCUGGAGGAGGUGCGGGAGGCAGCCGCCAAAACGUUCGAGCAGCUGCACGCCACCAUCGGCCACCAGGCGCUGGACGAUAUCCUGCCUGCCCUGCUCCGACAGCUGGAGGAUGAGGAGACCGCAGAGUUUGCGCUGGAUGGCCUGAAGCAGGUGAUGGCGGUGAAGAGCCGGUCUGUGCUGCCUUACCUGGUGCCCAAGCUGACGGCCCCGCCCGUGAACACCCGCGUCCUGGCCUUCCUGUCUGCGGUGGCGGGAGACGCCCUGACGCGCCACCUGGGUGUCAUUCUGCCCGCCCUCCUGUCCUCGCUGAAGGACAAGCUUGGCACCGAGGAGGGACAGCAGGAGCUGUGCAGCUGCCAGACGGUCAUCCUGGCGGUGGACGACGAGGCCGGCCAGCGCAUCAUCAUCGAGGACCUGCUGGAGGCCACGCGGGGACCGGACGCCGGGCUGAGGCAGGCCUCUGUCACCAUGCUGAACGCCUACUUCGCCCGCACCCGGCUGGACUACAGCGCCCACACCCGCACGCUGCUCUCCGGCCUCAUCCGGCUGCUCAACGACCCCAACCCCGAGGUGCUGCUCCAGAGCUGGGACACCAUCAACUCCAUCACCAAGAAGCUGGAUGCAGGCAGCCAGCUGGCCCUGAUCGACGACCUGCACAGAGACAUCCGCUCAGCCGGCGCCGAGGCCAAGGGACAGCACCUGCCCGGCUUCUGCCUGCCCAAAAAGGGCGUGACCUGCAUCCUGCCGGUGCUCAGAGAGGGCGUGCUGACCGGCAGCCCCGAGCAGAAGGAGGAGGCGGCACGGGCCCUGGGAGGGGUCAUCCGCCUCACCUCGCCCGAGGCCCUCAGGCCCUCUGUGGUCAACAUCACCGGGCCCCUCAUCCGUAUCCUGGGAGACCGAUUCUCCUGGACCGUCAAGACCGCCCUGCUGGAGACACUCACCCUGCUGCUGGCUAAGGUGGGCAUCGCCCUGAAGCCCUUCCUGCCGCAGCUCCAGACCACCUUCCUGAAGGCUCUGCAGGACUCCAGCCGGGCGGUGCGGCUGCGGGCGGCCGAGGCCCUGGGCCAGCUGGUGUCCAUCCACAGCAAGGUCGACCCGCUCUUCAGCGAGCAGCUGUCCGCCAUUCGCAACGCCGAGGACUCCGGGGUCAGGGAGACCAUGCUGCAGGCUUUGCGGUUUGUCAUCCAGGGCGCAGGGUCAAAGGUCGAUCCAGCCAUCCGCAAGAACAUCACCACCACGUUGCUCGGCAUGCUGGGACACGAUGAGGACGCCACACGCAUGUCCUCGGCUGGCUGUGUCGGGGAGCUGUGUGCCUUCCUGUCUGAGGAGGAGCUGAGGAGUGUAUUACUGCAGCAUACCCUGGCGGACAUGUCGGGUGUGGACUGGAUGGUGCGGCACGGCCGCAGCCUGGCCCUGGCCAUCGCGGUGAAGGCGGCACCGGGGCAGCUGUGUGGGGAGGAGUACGGCGCCGCCGUACUGGACGCUGUCCUGGCCAGUGCCACCGCCGACCGGAUCCCCAUUGCUACCAGUGGGAUCAGAGCCAUGGGGUACCUCAUGAAGCACCAGCUGAACAGCGAGGGAGGGGCCGGCGUGUCCCCCCGGAUCAUCUCACAGUUCGCCAAGUGUCUGCAGAACCAGUCGAGCGACAUCCGGCUGGUGACGGAGCGGGUGCUGUGGUGGGUGUGCAGGGACCCGGCCACACCCGCGCUGGACCCCAGCCUCGUCAAGCCGCUGCUGAAGAGCCUGCUGGACAACACCAAGGACAAGAACACCAGCGUGCGGGCGCAGAGCGAGCACACCAUCGUCAGCCUGCUGAGGCUGCGGCAGGGGGACGAGCUACUGCAGAGCGUCAGCGCCAUUCUGGACUCCGCCAGCAACGACCUGCUGUCCGAGUGCAGCCGCCGCUCCCUGAAAAAGAUCUGCAGCUUGCCGGACUCGAACGAGGAGAUCGACGACACCAUCCUCACGUGAUUGGCUGGACUGACCCAUGUGCCCCUCCCCUCCCCCCACCCUCUCGCUCAUAUACACAAACACACACACAC